GUCUCCUCUUCCGGUGAACCGGAUGCUCCGUCAGUUUCCUCCUCGGCGUCCUCCGGUGCUUCCCGGCUCCCUGGCAAGGCCGCAGGCAUCCACGGGGGACGGUCAGGGGGCUCCCGGCGGCUGGCGUGGCAGGUGUAGGGCGCCGGUAGGAGCUGGGCGCACACGGUUACCGAGCGUGGAGGAGACACGUCCCUGCGGCGAUGGGUGCCAGGGGCGCUCCUUCACGCCGGAGGCAGGCGGGGCGGCGACCGCGGCACCUGCCCACCGGGAGCUUUCCCUUUCUCCUCCUCCUGCUGCUUCUCUGCAUCCAGCUCGGAGGAGGACAGAAGAAGAAGGAGAAUCUUUUAGCUGAGAAAGUAGAACAGCUGAUGGAAUGGAGCUCCAGGCGCUCAAUCUUCCGAAUGAAUGGUGACAAAUUCCGAAAAUUUAUAAAGACACCACCUCGAAACUAUUCUAUGAUUGUUAUGUUCACUGCUCUUCAACCUCAGCGGCAGUGUUCUGUGUGCAGGCAAGCUAACGAAGAAUAUCAAAUACUGGCGAACUCCUGGCGCUAUUCCUCUGCUUUCUGUAACAAACUCUUCUUCAGUAUGGUGGACUACGAUGAGGGGACAGAUGUUUUUCAGCAGCUCAACAUGAACUCUGCUCCUACAUUUAUGCAUUUUCCUCCAAAAGGCAGACCCAAGAGAGCUGAUACUUUUGACCUUCAAAGAAUUGGAUUUGCAGCUGAGCAACUAGCAAAGUGGAUUGCUGACAGAACGGAUGUUCAUAUUCGUGUCUUCAGACCACCCAACUACUCUGGCACCAUUGCUUUGGCCUUGUUAGUGUCACUUGUGGGUGGUUUGCUCUAUUUAAGAAGGAACAACUUGGAGUUCAUCUAUAACAAGACUGGUUGGGCCAUGGUAUCUCUGUGUAUAGUCUUUGCUAUGACUUCUGGCCAGAUGUGGAAUCAUAUCCGUGGACCACCAUAUGCUCAUAAAAACCCGCACAAUGGACAAGUGAGCUACAUCCAUGGGAGCAGCCAGGCUCAAUUCGUGGCAGAGUCACACAUUAUUCUGCUACUAAAUGCUGCUAUCACCAUGGGGAUGGUUCUUCUAAAUGAAGCGGCAACAUCCAAAGGCGAUGUUGGAAAAAGACGGAUCAUUUGUCUAGUGGGAUUAGGCCUGGUGGUCUUCUUCUUCAGUUUUCUACUUUCAAUAUUUCGUUCCAAGUACCACGGCUACCCUUACAGUGAUCUGGACUUUGAGUGAGAAGAUGUGAUUUGGACCAUGGCACUUUAAAACUGUAACCUCAGCUUUUUAAUUAAAUGAAGCCGAGUGGGAUUUGCAUAAAGUGAAUGUUUACCAUGAAGACAAAGUGUUCCUGACAUACUAGUUCAAAUACUUGAGUUCAUUUCCUUGCUGAUUGUGAUAAUCCAGCUGUUUCUUGUACAAUUUUUUUAAACGUGAGUUUUCCUAGUAAACUUAAUUCAUAGACAUGGAUGGUUAAAUUUAAUAUGAAAAGAACAAAGGCAUCAUUGAAGUGUUUUUCAAGCAUAUUAUAUUCACUGUAUGCGAUAGGUUGAAAUAAAUGACAGUGCAGUUAUGAAUUCAUGCUUCUAAACUGUUCACUCACUAGUAAAGAAAACCACAAUGUUAGUAAAGGAAAACUAUGAAAUGUAUCUUAAUUCUUGGGAUUGUACAGAGAUAGGUGUAUGCAUGAAAAUAUGUGAUGUACUGAAAAAUUAUACUUUCUGCAGUUUCAGUAUAAAGGACAUGUAUGGUUACAAA